GACUCCUCUCCCUCACCCUUCCGUCUUGGCCGCCACACAACCUGCAUAUCUUCCACAAUGGGUCGCGUACUACUCAAGGUUAUCAUCCUCGGUGACAGUGGCGUCGGAAAGACCUCACUUAUGAACCAAUAUGUGAACAAGCGGUUCAGUAACCAAUACAAGGCCACUAUUGGCGCAGACUUCCUCACGAAGGAAGUCAUGGUCGACGACCGGCUGGUGACCAUGCAGUUGUGGGAUACCGCUGGCCAAGAACGGUUCCAAUCGCUCGGUGUCGCCUUCUAUCGUGGAGCCGACUGCUGCGUCCUCGUGUACGACGUGAACAGCUCGAAAUCUUUCGAGACACUUGACAGCUGGCGCGAUGAGUUCCUCAUCCAGGCCAGCCCUCAUGACCCUGAGAACUUCCCCUUCGUCGUCCUCGGGAACAAGAUUGAUAUGGAGGAGAACAAGAGACAGGUGACGCAGAAGCGUGCGAUGACCUGGUGCCAGUCCAAAGGGAAUAUCCCUUACUUCGAGACCUCAGCGAAGGAGGCUAUCAACGUUGAGCAGGCAUUCCAAACUGUGGCCAAGAACGCCCUCCAACAGGAAGCUGAGGAGCAACUUUACGUCGACUACCCGGAUCCCAUCAAGAUCAACGCCGACUCUUCGCAAUCUUAUGGCUGCAACUGCUGAUGACGUUGCUGAUAUUGUCGUUGCCACUUCAUCAUGUCCAUGUCACGACCCCAGUAUCUAUACGGACCUAGUCAUGUCUUCACUUUUCUACCGUCACCGUCACCUUCUGUCUCUUUUUUAGUUCCCCUCUUCACUUACCUCUUGACCGCUCCGCUCUCCACGUCUUAUCUAUCUACCCUGCUCUCUCCGCCUCUCUACCUCCGUUCAUGACGAGCGCCCACCACGGAGUCAGCAGCGUUCAUCGUGGUGCAUGCAAUCUAAGGUGCCGCUCGCUCAAGUACCGUCCUUGCUGGUGUAGCUAGCUGUUCAUCCGUCUGGUCUUCGACCUUGUCCUGUUCCUUUCUCGCUGUUUUUCUUUCUUUCAUCUUCAUAGUGCAGUAGCAAUGUAAUGUCCUUGGAUUCCAUACUGCUCUAUUCCAUCUAUGACCGGCACCACGUCGCG